AAGGUUUACAGGGGCAUACAAGGGUUUACCGGGGUAUACAAGGGUUAACAAAGGUUUACAGGGGUAUACAAGGGUUUACAGGGGUAUACUAGAGCUAGAGCCCUAUUCUCGGGACAUUAUACGUAGUCUUACAUAAGGUACUAACCCAAUUUUUGGCGGUCAAUUAUACGUCAUGUAUGCGGAUUCGAGCCAGUCUCCUCACGCUCGGACAGUUGAUUUUAAUGAUGGCGGAGGAUUUGUGAGCUUUGUUAUGUCUGAAUGUGAAGGUUCUUCCACUGUCUCUGAGGGCUCUUCAGAUAACCUGAUACUUGUUCAAGAAGUCUUUGAUCUCAUAAAGGACAUUAAGGACCCAGAGUUUCCACAAACAUUAGAAGAGCUCAAUGUCAUUGAAGAGGACUUUAUUACAAUUGACCCCAUAGGAAAAGAUGAAUAUAAUAUAAAGAUAGAAUUCAAACCGACAGUUCCUCACUGCUCUCUUGCGACACUUAUAGGACUGUGUUUGCGGGUUAAAUUGGAGCGUUCAUUACCAUACAAGUUCAAGCUGGACAUCUUCCUUUCCAAAGGAACACAUUCCACAGAGGAUGAAAUCAACAAGCAAAUCAAUGACAAGGAGAGAAUAGCAGCAGCAAUGGAGAAUCCAAAUCUAAAGAAAAUUGUUGAUGAGUGCAUUUCAGAUGAAAGUUAACGCCCAACCAAGCAGCCAGCUAAGAAAACAAACAUUAAAAAAUUAAACUACUGCUAUUUAAAACAUGCUGAAGGCUUUGCAUAGAAGCCUUGAUUCUUUUCUGUCAGUAUUGCUCUAGGCUCAGUGAGGACUGAUUGAAAGUGAUGGACUAUCCAGAUAACUGUUUGUAAAGAAGAUUUCUGCUCGAAUUAAACUGUUCAAACCAAGGGAAGUUGCUCAACAAACUGAUAAUCAGAUUAUUUUUUUUAUCCAUGUCAAUAAUAGACUGCAAGAAGCCCCUUAUUGAUAGCCUAGUGGGCAAGCAAUUCUAUUGAUGUAACUAUUGCAUGAAGGAAGUAAAGGCAGAAAACACCUUCACUUUUUCCUUGAUCAAAUCUUCUAAAUCUAAUCUUGUCAACUUCCCAUCAUGUUCACUGCCUGAUUUUUUUUUUGUCGCAUUCACCUCAUUCGCUCAGACACUUCAGUUCAUAAAGAAAUAGCUAGCAGUCUAACUACAUCAAUAAUAGUAAUUAUUUGGGUCAAACCGACUUAGUGUAGUUAGCCAUUCAUUAUGUUAACACCAAGGUGGUUGCUUAGGGGGAAAGUAUUCUUUUUGCCACUUUCCAGUUGCUCAAUUCAUGAGGCCACCUCACAUUUCUUUUUCAUGGCAUGAAGCAACCACAUGUAGUUUUAUCAUGUCAUCUACUAGAUGGAUGCUACUAUCUUUUUUAGAUAUAGGGCUAUUUGUAAUUUUUAUAAAUCUACUAGCAUUCUAUCACGAAUGCCAUUCUCUAAUUGGCUUCGCCACUCACUAACUAUUCUGUUGUUGAUAGACCUCUUGAUAGUAGAAAAAGCACUGCACUUGUUAACAGACUGGCAGCCGCUUCUUUCCGUUUUCAAAGUGUCUGUGUAGAGUAUUUAGUUCAAGUUUUGAACGACUAGUAGAUUUAUACUGAAACAAUUAGAUUAUUCGCUCUAGAUUUUUAUGCGUGAAAGAAAUAGAAAUAGAGAGAGAAAUAGAAAUCGCGAUAGAAAUCGAAUAAUCUAAUUGUUGAAUGUAUAUAGCUUUUUAUGGGAAAUUUUAGGUCAAGGAAGAAAAAUCUUUGAAGUCUAAAUGAAGGUUCCUGUAGAAGAGCCAUGACAUUUGACAAUAUGACUAUCAAAGUGCAGUUUUUUGUUACUUGUAGUCAAAGACAGUGUGGUACUACAAGAACAACAUGUAUUAAUUUGACUAAGGGUUUCAGCCAAACAAAUCACCAGCACAAAGCAGGUGUCUCGAGACAGGUUAUCUUAGGUAUUUUCAAUUUGAAUUAAUUGUGGCCAGAAAAACAGGCUAAUGCGCGUUUCAGUUUCUACAAGGAGCGCCUCAGGAAGGCAGUACAUGUAAGUGCUGCACUAAGUAACUAAAACAGCGAAAAUAGCUACUUUAGUAAGCAACGAUAGCAUAUGUUUCUAAUAAAAUUGGGUUUAAUUAAAAGUUGUGAUCAUAAUUAUUUACUGUUGUGUAUU